CUCGUGUGAUAGGUUUCCACGUUGCAAUGCGCCAUGGCCCGAUGGCUGGCGACAUUCUGCCGAUGGCUGUGGAGUGGCUGGGUCAGGGUGGACGAGCGAUCUCCGAGCUUUUCCUACUUCCUGCUCUUCCUGCGGAUUUACCAUGUUUGGUGCAUGCUGCUUGGGCUCUUCAUGGCGCUGACGGUUCUCAUGCAGGUAACGCUGACGAUGUACAUCGAGUUGAUGUCAAACAGCUGGAUGUCUGCGGAGGAAAAUUCUGGGUUCGCCCUUCUGGCAGCCUGUCUGGCUUCCUUGCUGCUUCUGAAUGCUGGGACAAGGCUUUGCUAUUCGGCGGUGUGGCUGAUUCGCGAUGCCUGGCGUGAGGAUUCCUUCUUGGCCUUCCGAUCGCUGGUGCUGCUGGAGCCACUGCACAUGCGCCUGGGUGUGCCGCUGAAGGAGUUUGAGAGCCCCGGCGCCUGGAGGAAGGACCUUCUAGUGCAGAUCCUGAUUUGCGCUCCUCUGGAUGUGCUGCCUUUGGUGUUUGCCCUGCUUGGGGGCGACUCCGCCGGCUUUGCAUGUCUGGCUUUGGUGGCCUUUCUGGAGGUCCUCGUGUUUUGGAUCUUUGAGGUAGUGGAUGAUUUUCGAUGCAAGAAGCGGGCAGUUCUACAACUGCGACACACGCAACUCGCGACGGCGGAGAUAUCCAGCCCAGCCCGGGCAGCCACGCCCAUGGUACCAGAGGACUUCAGGUCCCCGUUGGGCUCACCCAUGACUUCACCCCUCGAGGUAGUACGGGAGACAACUUUGCGCAGCUCCAGCCCGCUGGAAGCGUGCGCAGUGCUGCGGCGGUUCUUGCUGAUGCGCCCCUGGCUGGUGCUGCUGCUGGUGCUGGCAGGGCUCAUCCUCGCGUUGGUCUCCGGCUCCGAGAUGCUGCUCUUGUUCGCACUGGCCGCUGCAACGCUGGCGCUGAGCCACUUGUACCGAUCCUGGGCCAAACGCUGGUCCUUUGUCAAGAUUCGCCUGGAGUCAGAGACGCACCGCGAGGAGGUGGCAGAAUGCGUGGAUGAGACGUUUCAGGUGGUUCGCCCAAUUGUGUGCGCCAAUGUCGCUGUUCCGUCUGGCUACCAGAUCGUCAAUGAUGGCCUGCUCUUUGAUGGCGAGAUUCGAUCACAGCUAAGAAGCUACCCCGUUGGCACCAUCCUGGAAUUCCGCGCAGAGCCGCUGAGCCGAUGGUCUCGUUUCCUGGAGGCCCGCUGUGGUGCCAGCCCCGCCCAGAUGCUAGAGAACGGCGGCAUUGUGCUUCUUGUGGGUCUACUGUGCUGCCAGACCCUUUUGCAGGUGGGCUACAUUGGGGCUGCCGUGCUGUGUAUCUUGCUCCUUUUGAUGCUGCUGUCCCCAGCGCUUUGCACGAUCUUCCUGCCACAGCUGGCGCCGUACGCGCAUGGAGCCGUGUCGCUGCUCUUUGGGCUUCUGAGCUUCUUCUCAGGCAUGACCUUCUGGCUUAUGCCGGUGCUCGCGCUGUCGACCCAUUUCCUGCUCCAGCGCCGCUUCCCACACAUGCGUGCGAUCUCCGUGUCGCUGAUGUUGAUCUUAGCGCUGUUAGUUUCCCUGGUGCUGGUGCUGUCCAUCUCCUCCACGCUGGAGCCAGAGCAGGGGUCUGCGCCCGAAAAGUCGGCCCGGAAUUUCACCUUUCCCACGGAAGGAGACAGGCGUCCAUAUCAGUCGGGCGCCGUGGGCCCGGGGUGUAUGACGUUUCCAACUUCAAACGCGUCGUCGGACUUGCGGCUUCCUGACUUUGGCUUCCUCAACCUGGCGGUAUACGAGCCACAGGAGCUCUUGGAGAAGGAGCUGAAUAGCUACAUGCCCCAGUGGCAGGUGGUCCGUCAGCACCGUCGGGAAGAUCUUUGCGCUCAGGGGCAGUGCAGCAGCGCAGAUUGGUCCACCUGGUUCGCCUUUGCUGGUCGCAGAGGGACCGGCCUGGAGGACACCACGGUCCUUGCAAUCCGAGGCACCAAGACGCGGCUGGAAAUGAUCUUUGACUUGGACCUGUGGUCCCUGCAGAUUCUGGGUAUACAGCGUUUGGCUUCUCGGGUGCUCUUCGUCAGCGUGCCCUUCAAUGCCUUCUGGAACUCGCCCCAUCUAGGCAGCUGGUGGUUCGGCUACAAGCGCGAGAGAUAUAAGACCAUCGUAGACUACCUUGCCUCCCUGAUGGCCAAAGAGCCAGCGAGGAAGAUUUAUGUCACGGGGCAUUCGCUGGGCGGCGGCCUUGCUCAUUUGGUGGCGGCAGAGCUGCAGUUAACGGCAGUGACGCUCUCGGCGCCCGGGGUGGUGGAGACAGCCUCAUUGCUGGGCCUGCAGCCGCAGAGCCUCCAGGGGCUCACUGUGAAUGUGAUCCCCAGUGGAGACCCCAUCCCCGCCAAUGGCGGCACGCAGGGUGGGCUGACUGUCCCCAUCAAAUGCCUUGCGGGCCAGGGGCCCGAAUGCCAUCGCGUCUUCAACACGAUUUGCGAGUUGCUGCGCGAAUGCGGCGAUCUGGAGAGACGCUCGCUGCCCUGCAACUUCUGCCCUCGCGAGGCAAAGCGACAACACGGUUGCGCAACUCUCCGACAAAAUUUAAUAUCCAGGUUGAAUCUAAAUUGAUUGGAAGUAUUUUGAAUCCUCGGAUUUGAGACA